CACGACGGAGCAGCUGCGUACGAGGUGGGAUCCCCAAAGUCCGCCCCUCUCGUACUCGGUGGGUUAGAACUGUCAGGAAGUGGGCGUGUGUUCUGACAGUUACCGUCCACUCGGGAUUUCAGAGGCGGAGUGAGAUCUUGCUGCCCACUUUCUCGUCCCUUUUCGUGGUUAAACUCGAGGACGAGGCGUGCUGAUAGCGGUGACCCUGGUUACCAGGUUUAUGUUUGAAAAAUCAUACAAGCGACGGACCGGAAGACUGCACUUUGUUGCCCACAUACCGACAUGGAGUUUAGCAAAUGCUUAGCACUGUAGGAAACAGUAGAUUGUUGUUAUUAGAACGACUGGGUAGUGAAUCACGAUUCUCCCAGUUCUGUGCAAGAACAAACCUGCUGGAUCCCAAUUACCAAUAAAAGCCUGUGAUGUUGUCCAUAUUCUACUUUGAAAAAAGAAAUGGAGGCUGAGGAGUUAAGUGGCAAAGAAUUGACAAUUGAUUCCAUAAUGACCAAAGUAAGAGAUAUAAAAAAUAAGUUUAAAAACGAAGACUUAACGGAUGAGCUAAGCUUGAAUAAAAUCUCUGCUGAUACUACAGAUAACUCAGGAACUGUUAACCAAAUUAUGUUGAUGGCGAAUAAUCCAGAGGACUGGUUGAAUUUCUUGCUCAAACUAGAGAAAAAUAGUGUCCCCCUAAAUGAUGCUCUUUUAAAUAAAUUGAUUGGUCGUUAUAGUCAAGCAAUUGAAGCACUUCCUCCAGAUAAAUAUGGCCAAAAUGAGAGUUUUGCUCGAAUUCAAGUGAGAUUUGCUGAAUUAAAAGCUAUUCAAGAGCCAGAUGAUGCCCGCGACUACUUUCAAAUGGCCAGAGCAAACUGCAAGAAAUUCGCUUUUGUACAUGUAUCUUUUGCACAGUUUGAAUUGUCACAAGGUAAUUUCAAAAAAAGUAAACAGCUUCUUCAUAAAGCUGUAGAAAGUGGAGCAGUACCAUUAGAAAUGCUGGAAAUUGCCAUCCAAAAUUUAAACCUUCAGAAAAAGCAGCUGCUUUCAGAGGAGGAAAAGAAAAGUUUAUCAGCACCUACAGUAUUAUCUGCCCAAGAAUCAUUGCCCAGCUCACAUGGACAUUUACAGAAUAGGAACACCAAUUGUGACACCAGAGGACAGGCUACUAAAGCCAGGGUUUUGUAUGGAGAGAAUUUGCCCCCACAAGAUGCAGAAAUAAGCCAUCGAAAUCCCUUGAAACAAACUACCAAAACUAAACGGUCAUGCCCAUUUGGAAGAGUCCCAGUUAACCUUCUGAAUAGCCCAGAUUGUCAUGAGAAAAUAGAUGGUUCAGUUGUGCCAAGUUUUACAAAAAGACAGAUCUCUGGAUCAGAGUGCAGAGAUUUAAUUGUGCCUGGAUUUAGAUCAAGUGGAAAUGAUUCCUGUGAAUUGAGAAAUUUAAAGAGUGUUCAAAAUAGCCAUUCCAAGGAACCUUUGGUAUCAGAUGAAAAGAGUUGUGAACUUACUGCUGAAUCAGUAACCCUGAAGAAUAAAACUGACUCCAGUCUUCUAACUCAAUUAGAAGAAACUAAAGAACAUCAAGAACCAAAGAUUCCAGAAAAUAACCAGAAGCCUUGGCAACCUAAGAGAAAGUCAGAAUGUGUGAGUCAAAAUCCUAUUACAUUUUCAAGUCAGUGGCAUAUUCCAGAGCUAACCCCAAAAGUUGAUGCAGAGCAGAAGCGUACCACUAUUGAGCAACCUGUCUUUUCAGUUUCAAAGCAAUCACCACCACUAACAGCACCUAAAUGGAUUGAUCCAAAAUCGAUUUGUAAGACACCAAGCAACAAUACCUUGGAUGAUUACAUGAGCUGUUUUAGAACUCCAGUUGUAAAGAAUGACUUUCCACCUGCUUGUCAGCUGUCAACACCUUAUAGCCAAGUUGCCUAUUUCCAGCUGCAGCAGCAAAUAUCCGCUACUCCACUUCAGAAUUUACAGGUUUCAGCAUCCUCUUCAACAAAUGAAUGCAUUUCAGUUAAAGGAAGAAUUUAUUCCAUAUUAAAGCAGAUAGGAAGUGGAGGUUCAAGUAAGGUAUUUCAGGUACUGAAUGAAAAGAAACAGAUACAUGCUAUAAAAUAUGUAAGCUUAGAAGAAGCAGAUAACCAAACUGUGGAGAGUUACCGGAACGAAAUAGCUUAUUUGAAUAAGCUACAGCAGCACAGUGAUAAGAUCAUCCGACUUUAUGAUUAUGAAAUCACAGACCAGUACAUCUACAUGGUAAUGGAAUGUGGAAAUAUUGAUCUUAAUAGUUGGCUUAAAAAGAAAAAAUCCAUUAAUCCAUGGGAACGCAAAAGCUACUGGAAAAAUAUGUUGGAGGCAGUACACACAAUCCAUCAACAUGGCAUUGUUCACAGUGAUCUGAAACCUGCUAACUUUCUGAUAGUUGAUGGAAUGCUAAAGCUAAUUGAUUUUGGAAUUGCAAACCAAAUGCAACCAGAUACAACAAGUAUUGUUAAAGAUUCUCAGGUUGGCACAAUUAAUUAUAUGCCACCAGAAGCCAUCAAAGAUAUGUCUGCCUCAAGAGAGAAUGGGAAAUCCAAGUCAAAGAUAAGCCCCAAAAGUGAUGUUUGGUCCUUAGGAUGCAUCUUGUACUAUAUGACUUAUGGCAAAACACCAUUUCAGCAUAUAAUUAAUCAGAUUUCCAAAUUACAUGCCAUAAUUGAUCCCAAUCAUGAAAUUGAAUUUCCUGAUAUUCCAGAGAAAGAUCUUCAAGAUGUGUUAAAGUGUUGCUUAAUAAGGGACCCUAAACUGAGGAUAUCGAUUCCUGAGCUCCUGGCACAUCCAUAUGUUCAAAUUCAAACUCAUCCAGGUAACCAAAUUGCUAAGGGAACCUCUGAUGAAAUGAAAAAUAUUCUGGGCCAACUUGUUGGUCUGAAUUCUCCUAACUCCAUUUUGAAAGCUGCUAAAACUUUAUAUGAGCAUUAUAGUUGUGGUGAAAGUCAUGAUUCUUCAUCAUCCAACGCUUCUGAAAAAAAUUAGAAAAAAGGUGAUAUGCUACUCAUAAACUGUCACAUAACACUAUAGAAAGUACCAGACUGUUAUUCUCUUGAUUAUCUGUGGAAAUCUGCUCUUGAAAACAACUUCACUCUGAAGUGUCACCAGUGGAAAAUUUCAGUAGGUUAUCCUCAAAAGAAAACUGUAAAAAUAACUACCACUGUAUAUAUUAAAUUGUAGAAUUGUUUCUCGUUGUAUGCUUUCCUGUAAAUCUAAUAUAUUUGACAGUAUUUCACACUUGGAAUAGUGGGUGGUCAACUGAAAUAUACUCUGAAGAACUAUGUAAAUAAAUUUUUGCAGCAUAAAUGACACUAAAUUUCAAAGUUGUAAAAUUUUUCUUCAGGCAUACAUAUUGUUGGCAUGGCAACACAAUUCUUUAUUAAUAAAAAUUGGGUUAAGAGAAGACAUGGGAGUGGAUCUUGGUAAAUGAACUUAGGGGGAAAAAAUCCCAAAAGAUUUGAGUUCUUAAAUAUAAAAUAUAAUUUCUAAGUACUUACAGCACUGGUACAGUCAAUACUUGUGUAUCUAUACUUGGCUCUCUCUCAUUUCCCCCUUUGAUUCUUUGUACUCUCCAUUGUUUUUUGUGUUUAGAGGACCAUGCUGUAUUCUGUGGUAUAAAUUGUAUGCCAUGCCCUCAGUGCAUACCUUGCCUGGAAAUGGGUAAUUACAAACUUGGCCUCAGAGACACUUGGCUGAAUCUAGUAGCUUAGUUGAAAUUGUGGGGAAAGCAUCCCUCAUCCAAAAAUAUGACAAGCAAAAUGCUCCAAAGUCUAAAACAUUUUGAAUGCUGACCUAAGGCUACAGGUGGUGUGCACACUGGAAACAUUGUAUAAAAAUUAUCUUAAGGCUAUGUGUAUAAGGUGUAUAUGAAACAUAAAUUGACUUUGUAUUUAGGCUUAGAUCCUAUCCCUAAGAUAUCUUACUUGUGUAUAUGGAUAUAUGGAUAUAGUCCAACAUUCAAAAAAUCCAAAACAUUUCCAGUCCCAAGCAUUUCAGAUAGAGAAAACUCAACUUGUAUCAUCAUAUAGUAUUUUCCCAAUUAAAAAAAUUUUUUUAAUUGACUUUAUUUUUUAGAGCAGCUUUAGGUUUAUCACAAAAUUAAGCAAAAGGUAUAAAGAGCUCAAUUCUCAUGUAUCCCUUUCCCCACCCACGUACAAUCUGUUUGACUAUGAGCAUUCCCAAGGCCAGUGUCCCACACUGUAAUGGCAUACUUGUCAUAAUCCAUGACCCUAUAAUAUGUCAUUAUCACCCAAAGUCUAUAGUUUACUUUAAGUUUCACCCUUGGUAUUGUAUAUAGUAUGGUUUUAACAAAUAUGCAAUGACAUCAGUCUAUCGUAAUACCAUACAAAAUAGUUUCACUGCCCUGAAAAUCCUCUGUUCUCUGCCUAUUCAUCCCAUUCUCCUCCCAACCCCUGGCAAUCACUGAUGUUUUUACUGUCUCCAUAGUUUAUCUUUUUCAGAAUGCCAUAUAUAUGAAAUGAAACAGUAUGUAGCCUUUUAAGGUUCCUCUAGAUCUUUUUCAUGGCUUUAUAGCUCAUUUCUUUUUAGUACUGAUGUGUGUUGCAUUGUUUGUAUGUACCACAAUAUAUAUAUAUCCAUUCACAUACUGGAUUGCUUACAGGUUUUGUCAGUUGUGAAUAAAGCUGCUUAAACAUUUGUGUGCAGGUUUUUGUAUGGGCAUAUGUUUUUAAUUCCUUUUGGUAGUGAGGAGCAUGAUUUGUAGACCAUAUGGUAAGAUUUGGUUGGAAAGAGAACUAAUUUAGUUUUGGACAUGAUAUGUUUAAGAUAUUGAUGCGAGCUUAAACUGUUGAUACAAUUAGCAUCCUUGAUAAAAUGAGAUCUCCCAUCUUUUUAGAAAAUAAUGUAUUUAUUUUUGUCUGAAAGGCAGAGAGACUGAGAUAUCUCCCAUCCACUGGUUUACUUCUCAAAUGUCCGCAACAGACAGCAGUAGGCCAGGUUGGAGCUCGGAGCUUCAAUCUCGAUCUCACAUAUGUGGCAGAGACCCAAGAACUUGAGCCAUCAUCUUCUGCCUCCCAGGAAAUGAAGCAGAGCUGGAACUGAAACUCACGUCAUGGGCAUCUCAAAUGGCAUCCAAACAGCUGUGCCAGAUGCCCACACCUCUUCACUGUUGUCUAGAAAAAAAAUCUCAUCAGUGUGACUACUAAUGAAUUCUAAUAUGAAAUGUGAAGGGAAUAGGCUGUAGAUGUAGUUCACACUACCUGUGUCCGCAUCAUGCGAAACAGGAGGGUCGUGUCCAACUCUACAUUUUUUCUUCCUUUCACAGAUGUCUCGCCUUAUGCAAAUUCUAUUAUACAAACUCCAACCAGAAGGAUUUUCUUCAUAUUUUUACCAAUUAAAUUAUUUUUAUUAUUUUUUAUCACAGUAUUAUUAUUUUAUCACAGUAUUUAAAGUAUUCAUUUUAAUGUCUUGGUGUUUCUUUUUAUUUAAAUUUUCUGUAUGCCUUGAUGAGUUUUCUCUAGUUUUAUCCUACAUUUCAUUUCUGUUAUUGACUCUGUUGUGAAUGUUUAUGUUGUUUUAUCACAUUCUAAUUGGUUAUUGCAGACAUAUAAGAUAGCUAUUUUUUAAAAUUAAAAACAAUAUAAUCAUAUUGUGAAAAGAAUUUAAGACUGUAAAGAGAGAAGUAUCUCCCGGUCUGGUUUCCUUCCUGUUGUCGGAGGCCGCCACUGUUAGUUUCUUUUUGUGUCCACCUGUGCAUAAAAAGCAUGUAUAUGUCAUGUCUGGGCCCUGCAUGCACAUAGCCUUAUGGAAAACACAAAUUGGAGAUUAUCAUGGGUUUUGUCAUUUUUGUUACUUAAUACUUCUUUAAAUCUAACUCAUUCUUUUAAAUAACAACAUGGUAUUCUUUGGUGUGACUGUAACCAGUUUCCUACUUAUAAGAAUUAAGAU